AGCGAUCAUCAAUCAUGUCAGGCCGAGGAAAGCAGGGAGGUAAAGUGCGAGCUAAGGCGAAGUCUCGCUCUUCGCGGGCUGGGCUGCAGUUCCCAGUGGGCCGUGUGCAUCGGUUGCUCCGCAAAGGUAAUUAUGCUGAGCGGGUCGGGGCUGGAGCUCCGGUCUAUAUGGCCGCGGUGCUGGAGUAUCUGACCGCUGAGAUUCUGGAACUGGCCGGCAAUGCUGCUCGGGACAACAAGAAAACCAGGAUCAUUCCUCGCCAUCUGCAGCUCGCCAUCCGUAACGAUGAGGAGCUCAACAAGCUGCUGGGGAAAGUGACAAUCGCUCAGGGGGGUGUCCUGCCCAACAUCCAGGCUGUACUGCUGCCCAAGAAAACCGAGAGUCACAAGGCUAAGAGCAAGUAAAACCCGAAAAAUAAUCUUUCCUCAAAAAAAACCCAAAGGCUCUUUUCAGAGCCACCCACAAAAUC